AUGGAGAAUGUGACAGAUUACAAUUUUGUUCUGAACUAUGAUGAGUUGUAUCCCACUGAGGUGAUCGAGGAAGAGGGGUGUGAAGCUGUCUCCCUUCCCCAGUCCAGCGUUGUCUUCUCCCUGGUCUACUGCCUGAUCUUUGUGGUGGGAGUCCUGGGCAAUGUGCUGCUGGUCUCAGCUAUUGUGUGGAAGUGCUGGGUCAAGAGGGUGGUGGACAUCUUCAUAUUGAACCUGGCUAUGGCAGACAUCAUCUUCCUGAUCACCCUGCCUCUCUGGGUGGACGCUGAGGCUUGGGGCAAGGCCUGGAGGGGUGGCCUGUUGCUGUGCCAGCUGAGUAGCUAUGUGGUGGCAGUGAAUGCCUACUCCAGUGUCCUCUUCCUGAGCUGCAUGAGCCUGGACCGUUACCUGGCCAUCAUGUACCCGCUCCAUUCCCGGAGAUUCCGCUCCAAGGCUUACGCAGCGCUGGCCUGUCUGCUGGUGUGGAUCGUCUCGCUCCUCUUGGGGCUGCCCGUCCUUCGCAGCCGAACCAUCCAGGUGCGGGGUGAGAAGGUGUCCUGCUGCGUCGAAGAUCAGAACUCCACCAGCCCCGGCGUCUCUCUUGCCUACCUGCUCCUGACCUUCUACUGCCCAAUGCUGGUCACCCUGGUCUGUUACUGCUCCAUCUCCAAGAAGCUCUGCCUGCAGUACAGGAGGAGCAAGAAGCAGGACAUCAAGCUGAGGAAGUCGAUGAGGGUGGUCUUUCUGGUGGUACUGGCCUUCUUGAUCUCCUGGCUGCCUUUCAAAGUUUUCCGCUCCCUGGAAUUGAUACUCCGCUGGGGAGCAGCUCCUGGGUCCUGGAGCUUCCAGACGAUGGUGGGAAUGGGUCUGGUGGUCAGUGCUCCCCUGGCCUUCGCCAACAGCUGCUCCAACCCAAUCAUCUACUGCCUCUACGACAGCUCCAUCCAGAAGGCUGUGCUGCAGCUGCUCCUGCCCUGCCUCAAGCCCCUUCACCUCAGCCAGCUCUCCAUCACCUCCGACAGCCAGCCCAGCAGAUCCUUCUCCAGCAACAUCACCCAGGAAGGUGCCAGCUUCAGGAGGAGAUUGGACCACCCAGUCGUCCAGCUCUCAACAUGGGCUUCCAAUCUCCAACCCUGA